CUAGGCUUUUAUCCAUAUCCUGCCACUUACUGUGUGAACUUGGACAGAUUUUUAAACCUGAGAUUCUUUUCCCACUGUUAAAAAAAAUCACUACUAACUACUAAUAUAGUUAGAGUACCUUGCAUAUAUUAAGUACCUGACAGGUUAGCAAGCAGUACACACACACACACACACAUACUUGUUUCUCUGGAUUUUUUAGGCUUUAAAAUUUUUCUCUCUUUAAAAAAAAUUUAUUUAUAAUAGUCCUCUAAAUAUAGAUAUAGUUUUGAAUACAAUUUUGGCAACAUUACAUAAUUUAAUAAAGAUAUCUUUGUUGUUUGUGUUUAUUAUAAAAUAGUUACAUGUUUAUUGUAAAAUAAACCAUCGGGUAAUAUGUUACUUUUUUCUUUAGAUUAUCAUGUUAGCCUACCAGCUGAAGAAAACAAGUUAAAUUUUAGAUAUUGAUAUGUGUGUGUAUAUCUAAAAUACAUACACACAUACAAAUAAGGACUCACACAACUCAGAAAAAUGUCAUACUCCCAAUUAUAGUUUAUUACAGCAGGGAAUUUCGGUAAUCCUCCAGGUUCUGGCUUCCUGGGAUAAAACAGUUCCCAUGAGGGAAGGAACUGAAGGUACCAAGAUCAGCACUACAUCCUUGACCAGAGACCUUGUAUUAGAGCUUCAGAGAAGAGCCCAGAACCAACAGUAAAGCAGAUAUUAAAGUUGCUAUCUGUGACCCAGGGCUCCAAAAAAUGUCCAAGUCUCAAGGCUCACUGUCAUUCAGGGACGUGGCUGUGGUUUUCACCUGGGAGGAGUGGCAGCUACUGGACCUCGUUCAGAAGAACCUGUACCAAGAUGUGAUGUUGGAAAAUUACAGCAACUUGGUAUCAGUGGGGUAUCAAGAUACCAGAGCAGAUGCAUUCUGCCAGUUGGAGCAAGGAAAACCGUGGAUAGCAGAGGAAGAGACCCACAGUCAGAUUCAUCCAGAAGACACCUGGCAAGCUGACAGUCAUAGAGACUGGCACGAAGAAAACCAAGGCAACCUGGAAACUAUGGGGAGUCACCAUGAAGAUAAUACAUUUGGAAAAAUACCUUCUCUGAGCUUAAACCUUGAUGUUUCUUUAGUACAAAGAUCUCAUACACUUGACAUACUUGGAAAAUAUUUGAAACCUAACCUAGAGUAUAUUAUUCAGAACAAAAGCUAUGCAAGAAAUGAGGUUGAAUUUGAUCAGUAUGACAAAUUAUUUCUUUAUACUAAGCAUGAGAAAACUCAUGCUGGGCAAAAAUACAAUGACUAUAAUGAACGUGUAAAAGCUUUCAGCCAUAAGUCACAGCUUAUCAAACACUGGGAAACUCAAACAGCAGAGAAACACUGUAACUGCAGUGACUAUGGGAAAGCCUUUUCCCAGAGGUCAGACCUUAUUAAGCAUCAGAGAACGCACACAGGAGAGAAACCCUUUGGAUGCAGUAGAUGUCAGAAAGCCUUCGGCCGGAAGUCCCAUCUCAUUUUACACCAGAGAACCCAUACAGGAGAGAAACCAUAUGAGUGUCAUAAAUGCGGAAAAGCUUUUACCGAUAAGUCAUGCCUUAAUAAACAUCAAAGAACUCACACAGGAGGGAAACGGUUUGAGUGUCGGAUGUGUCAGAAAGGCUUCAGUGAUAAGUCACAGCUUACUUUACAUCAAAGAACUCAUACGGGAGAGAAACCCUACAGGUGUGGUGAAUGUCACAAAAGCUUCAGCAGUAAGUCACAGCUCCGUAUUCAUCAGCGGUCUCACACAGGAGAGAAGCCUUAUGGCUGCAGUGAAUGUGGGAAAACAUUUCCCCUUAAGUUUAGCCUCAUUUUACACCAAAAAACGCAUACAGGGGAAAAACCUUAUGGAUGCAAUGAAUGUGGGAAAGCCUUCAUCCAGAGGUCGGAGCUCAUUAGACAUCAGAGAACUCACACGGGCGAGAAGCCUUAUAAUUGCAGCGAGUGUGGGAAAGGCUUUAGUGUCAAGUCGCUCCUCAAUACACACUGGAGAACUCACACAGGAGAGAGACCCUAUGGAUGCAAGGAAUGUGGUAAAACGUUCUCCAUCAAGUUUAGUCUCAUUCUGCACCAAAGAACUCAUACCGGUGAGAAACCCUAUGAGUGCGGUCAGUGUCAGAAAGCUUUCACCCAGAGGUCACACCUCACUAUUCAUCUGAGGUCUCACACCGGAGAGAAGCCUUACGAGUGCAGUGAAUGCCACAAAUCCUUCAGCCGGAAGUCGUAUCUCCUUAUUCAUCAGAGAAUUCACUCAGGAGAGAAACCUUAUGAAUGCCACGAAUGUGGGAAAACCUUCUCUCACAAGUUUAGUCUCCUCAUUCAUCAGAGAAUCCAUAGUGGAGAGAAACCCUACGGAUGCCCUGAAUGUGGGAAAACUUUUCCUAUCAAAUUUAGCCUUGUUUUACAUCAGAAAACACAUACAGGAGAGAAACCCCACGAAUGCAGCGAAUGCCACAAGUCUUUUGCCCAGAAGUCACAUCUUAUUAUACAUCAAAGGACUCACUCAGGUGAGAAACCUUACGGAUGCGGUGAGUGUUGGAAAACCUUCUCCCACAAAUUCAGCCUCCUUUUACAUCAGAAAACUCAUAGAGGAGAGAAAUCAUGAACGAAGUAAAUAUCCAGAAGUCGUCAUUGUGAAGGAAUAGUUCAUUACACGCCAGAGUGUACAUGGGAGUAAAACCUUAAGAUUACAGCAGAUGGGGACACACUUUCUUUCCAGAGUCACCACCUUAUUACUUAGCUGAGAAUGAAACUGCAUAGAAUGCCAGACAGGAGGAAACACCUUUCCCAAUGAAUUCAAUUGAAUGUGGCCCAGAAAGAAGAGAUAGGAAGGAAUAUCUGUGUUAAGUAUUAACUGUGGGGAUGUUGUUGGUGUGAAAUUCAACUACACUGGUAUCAGAGAAUUGACACGGAGGGAAAAAUUCUAUACUUUAAAGAAUCUGGAGAAUCAUGCUUUCAUGGGUAUUGUUUUAUAAGGGAAGUCAUUUUCGGUAACUGUGACAUAAUAGCAUUAUAGAAAGUAUUAAAUAUCUAAAUAAAUACAGUAAGGAAGCAAAGCAAAAUUAUGUUAGAACUAUGUAAGAAUAUGUAAGUGUUUUGUACCUAUUUUUAUUAUAAAAAUGAUUGUUCAUAUUUAGGAAUUGCAUGUGUUAGCAUAAAGAUUGUGACUCUAGUCCAUGUCCUUAAAUGUACAUAAAACUUUACCAUAGACUAUCCCACUGAGUCUUUGUAUCAUUACAGUGCUACAUAAAUCAUAACUGAACUACAUGGUUUGUUAUUUUAAUAAGAAAUUUUAAUAAUACUAAAUAUCUCCCCCCUCCACCAUGCCCCACUAUUUGCUAGUAUUAGUAAGUGGGCCUGGAAAUUUUUGAGUCUCUCUUGAGUAAAGCUUUUUUUUCAUCAAUUAUAAGAUGGAAAAAACUUCCCACAUAUUAACAGUGCUGAAGUUAAAAGGCAGCAUAGAGUUGA